AUGGAUGCGGAUAUUGGCCUUAUUCCGCAAGCGGUGGAGGAGUACGUGAUUCCGGAUGGAUCCUUAGUCGGUCCAGGGGAUGGUGUAGAAAUUGUGCCAUCCAGUGAAUUCGUCACACCGUUGUCGCCAACGAAACGCUUCGGCGCACGCUUAGCCGAAGACGCGAUGAUCCCACCUGAGUCGCCCGACAUGAAAUUUGCUCGUGAUCGCCUUGGAACACUUUUGACGUCAAUUCGGCAAGGAGAUGCGCCAUUUCUAAAUACAUGUGAAAAGAAACAAAUUAUUGAACCAGCAGAACUUCGACGAGGUCCUGGACGUCCGAGAAAAAUUCAAAAUAAGGACAAACAAGUUGUGUUUGAAUUACGUGGAAAGCCAUUCAGUCUUAGAGAUGGACAUGCUGACUCCAUGUAUCAGUUGUGUAGAGCCUGGAUGCGUGGUAAGGACAGCGAACCGCCAGAACCGCAGCCAGUUAUAGCACCGCCUGGUGACACCUCUUUGGAUCUCCUCGUUAUGCGUGACAUCGUUGCACUGCCUCGAGCGCGAUCACCGUAUCCGGAAGAAUCGGAAUGGCCCGAUAAGACGAAUAUCGAUAAAUUCGACUCGAAAAUUGAUCCUAACAAUAUGGCAGCAUUGCGACAAGAGUAUGCUAGGCACUGGAAGCAGGUCAAGGCUGGAUGGCGUGCACACACAAGAAGACACACGAACUGCCCGUCCACUACGGAUCUGUUGCCGACUAUCACGUACAUAUCACUGUUCUCAUCAUCUCACAUUUACUCACAUUUCUACGAUACUUGA